AUGCGUGAAAUUAUUCACCUCCAGACCGGCCAAUGCGGCAACCAAGUCGGAACUGCUUUCUGGCAAACCAUUCACCCCGAGCAUGGCCUGGACCAGGAUGGACAGUUCACCGGAACGGAUGAGCAGCAAUCCGAGCGAUUGAGCGUCUACUUCACCGAGGCCGGAAGACAAAAGUAUGUCCCCCGCGCCGUCCUCGUCGAUCUCGAGCCCGCCACGAUGGAGGCGAUCCGCUCCGGCCCGCUGGGCAACCUCUUCCGCCCAGACAACAUGGUCAACGGCCAAUCCGGCGCCGGCAACAACUGGGCAAAGGGCCACUACACCGAGGGCGCCGAGCUCGUCGACUCCGUCCUGGACGUCGUGCGUCGCGAGGCCGAGGGCUGCGACAGCCUUCAGGGGUUCCAAAUCACCCACUCGCUCGGUGGCGGCACUGGUUCCGGCAUGGGCACCCUUCUCAUCGCCAAGGUCCGCGAAGAAUUCCCCGAUCGUAUGAUGGCCACCUUCUCCGUCCUCCCGUCCGCCAAGGUCUCCGAGGUCGUCGUCGAGCCGUACAAUGCCACCCUGUCGAUCCACCAGCUCGUUGAAAACUCGGACGAGACGUUUUGUAUCGACAACGAGGCCCUGUACGAUAUCUGCAGACGCACGCUGAAGCAGGCUCACCCUUCGUACGGACACUUGAACAACCUCGUGUCGAGAGUCAUGUCCGGCUUGACGACUGGUUUCCGCUUCCCGGGCCAGCUCAACGCCGAUCUCCGCAAGUUGGCUGUGAACCUGGUGCCCUUCCCGAGAUUGCACUUCUUCACCGUCGGAUUCGCGCCGCUUACGUCUUCUGCCUCCUUCUCGAACCUUGGUGUCGCCGAGCUCACGCAGCAAAUGUUCGAUCCCAAGAACGUCAUGCUGGCGUCCGACUUCAGAGAUGGACGCUUCUUGACUUGCUCCACCAUGUUCCGCGGAAAGGUGUCCAUGAAGCAGGUCGAAGACCAAAUCCACGCCAUCAAGACCAAGAAUUCCACCAACUUUGUUGAGUGGAUUCCCAACAACAUCCAGACAGCCCACUGCUCCGUCCCGCCCAAGGGUCUCGACGUCUCGUCUACGUUCAUCGGCAACUCCACCGCGAUUCAGAACAGCUUCCGCAGAAUUGGCGACCAGUUCAGCGUCAUGUUCCGGAGAAAGGCCUUCUUGCACUGGUACACUGGCGAGGGCAUGGACGAGAUGGAGUUUACCGAGGCCGAGUCCAACAUGAACGACUUGGUGUCCGAGUACCAACAGUACCAGGAUGUGGGCAUGGAUGACGACUACGCCGAGGAGUACGAGGAUGAGGUUCCCGCUGAGGAGGAUUAG